GUCGGGUGGCGCGCGGAGGGCGGCGGCGGCGGCGGCGGCGGUUCGGCUCGCGCCCGGCACCGACCCGGCCCGGCCCGACCCGGAGAUGUGUCCCCGCGGCCGGGCGUGAGCGUCGGGCAUGAGCGCGCCCCGCGGGGCCCCGCGGCCCUGGCGCCUGCUGGCAGCGCUCUGCCUGCUGGCCGGAGCGGCGCCCAUGGGCCGCGAGGAGCGGCGGCGGCUCGGGAACCAAGUCCUGGAAAUGUUUGAUCACGCCUUCGGGAACUACAUGGAACACGCGUACCCAGCGGACGAGCUCAUGCCUCUGACCUGCCGCGGCCGAGUGCGCGGCCAGGAGCCCAGUCGGGGUGAUGUGGACGACGCGUUGGGAAAGUUUUCCCUGACACUGAUCGAUUCUUUGGACACACUCGUGGUCUUGAAUAAAACCAAAGAAUUCGAGGACGCUGUGAGGAAAGUCGUGCGGGACGUCAACCUGGACAAUGACGUGGUUGUCUCCGUCUUCGAAACGAACAUCCGGGUGCUGGGGGGCCUCCUGGGCGGCCACUCGCUGGCGCUCAUGCUGAAGGAGCAGGGCCAGCACAUGCAGUGGUACAGCGGCGAGCUGCUGCAGAUGGCCACCCAGCUGGGCUACCGGCUGCUGCCUGCCUUCAACACCACCAGCGGCCUCCCCUACCCCCGGAUCAACCUCAAGUUCGGCCUCCGGAAGCCGGAAGCUCGCACGGGCACCGAGACCGACACCUGCACGGCCUGUGCCGGGACCCUCAUCCUGGAGUUCGCCGCCCUCAGCCGCUUCACGGGGGCCACCAUAUUCGAGGAGUAUGCGCGGAAGGCCCUGGACUUCCUCUGGGAGAAGCGGCAGAGGAGCAGCAACCUGGUGGGCGUGACCAUCAACAUCCACACCGGGGACUGGGUGCGCAAAGACAGCGGCGUGGGGGCCGGCAUCGACUCCUACUACGAGUACCUGCUGAAGGCCUACGUGCUCCUGGGGGACGACAGCUUCCUGGAGAGGUUCAACACGCACUACGACGCCAUCAUGCGCUACAUCAGCCAGCCGCCCCUGCUGCUGGACGUGCACAUCCACAAGCCCAUGCUCAACGCACGCACCUGGAUGGAUUCGCUGCUGGCCUUCUUCCCGGGGCUGCAGGUGCUGAAGGGGGACAUCAGACCCGCCAUCGAGACGCACGAGAUGCUGUACCAGGUGAUCAAGAAACACAACUUCCUGCCGGAGGCGUUCACCACGGAUUUCCGGGUGCACUGGGCGCAGCACCCGCUGAGGCCGGAGUUCGCGGAGAGCACCUACUUCCUGUACAAGGCCACGGGGGACCCCUACUACCUGGAAGUGGGGAAGACCCUGAUCGAGAACCUGAAUAAAUACGCCCGCGUGCCGUGUGGCUUUGCCGCCAUGAAGGACGUCCGCACCGGCAGCCACGAGGACAGGAUGGAUUCCUUCUUCCUGGCGGAAAUGUUCAAGUACCUGUACCUGUUGUUCGCGGACAAGGAUGACAUCAUCUUCGACAUCGAGGACUACAUCUUCACCACGGAGGCCCACCUCCUGCCCCUCUGGCUGUCCACCACGAACCAGAGCCUCUCCAAGAAGGACCCCGCGGCCGAGUCCACGGAGCUGGACGACAGCAACUUCGACUGGACCUGCCCCAACACGCAGAUCCUGUUCCCCAACGACCCGCUAUAUGCCCAGAGCAUCCGCGAGCCCCUCAAGAACGUGGUGGACAAGAGCUGCCCCCGGGACGCCAUCCGAGUGGAGCAGAGUGUCCGGAGUGGGGCCAAGCCCCCCCUGCGGGCCCGCGACUUCAUGGCCACCAACCCCGAGCACCUGGAGAUCCUGAAGAAGAUGGGCGUGAGCCUCAUCCACCUCAAGGACGGGCGCGUGCAGCUGGUGCAGCACGCCAUCCAGGCCGCCAGCUCCGUGGACGCCGAGGACGGGCUGCGCUUCAUGCAGGAGAUGAUGGAGCUGUCCAGCCAGCAGCAGAAGGAGCAGCAGCUGCCCCCGCGGGCCGUGCAGAUCGUGUCGCACCCCUUCUUCGGCCGCGUGGUGCUCACCGCCGGGCCCGCCCAGUUCGGCCUGGACCUGUCCAAGCACAAGGAGACUCGCGGGUUCGUGGCCAGCAGUAAGCCCUACAACGGCUGCUCCGAGCUCACCAACCCCGAGGCAGUGACCGGCAAGAUCGCCCUCAUCCAGCGGGGCCAGUGCAUGUUCGCCGAGAAGGCCCGCAACAUCCAGAACGCCGGCGCCAUCGGCGGCAUCGUCAUCGAUGACAACGAGGGGAGCAGCAGUGACACGGCCCCUCUGUUCCAGAUGGCGGGGGACGGCAAGGACACGGAUGCCAUCCGCAUCCCCGUGCUCUUCCUGUUCAGUAAGGAGGGGAGCAUCAUCCUGGACGCCCUGCGCGAGUACCAGGCCGUGGAGGUGCUGCUCUCUGACAGGGCGCGCGACCCAGCAGCCGCCUUGCUCAGGGGCCAAAUGUCGCCCAGCUACAUUCUUAACAGGAACGCUGAGACGGAGGCUGAGGAGCCACCCGGCCCCGGGGAGGACCCGCCGGCCGCCGCGCCAGAGGACAGCGAGCCCCCCGGCCCGGCCCCCGACGGCCCCGAGCACCCCGGCCUGUCGGAGGAGUGCAGGGGCGCGGACGGGGACGCGGACGGGGACAGGGACGGGGACAGGGGCGUGGACGGCCUGAGCCAGAACACCGACUGGGCCCGCGAGAAGGAGCCGCCCCUGGACUCGGUCCUGGCCGACUGGAGCGAGGAGAUCGAGGCCUUUGAGCUGAUGGAGAAGGACGAGCUCUAGGGGGGCCGCGUCUCCCUGGCCCCGGGUGCGGGGAGCCUCCACGCCUCCGGGGCGUCCAGGGGCCUGGGGCUGCCUCAGGGAGACCGGCCGCGCUGAGGUUCUGCUUUGGGGCCCCCAGGGGCCGAGGGGCCCCUCGAGACAAGGCUUGGGCCCUCCCUCGCGGGGCCCUCGGCAUGGCCGGCCGGUGCCAGAAGCCUUCUAGCCUCUGACUUGAUUCUGUCCCUGCAGCCCAGAGCCCUCGGGGGGCCGGGCCCUGCCAGCCCGUCCGUCUGUCCCUCUGACUCCCUCCCGUGGGCCUGGCUGCGGCUCCAUCUCCCCGUGGCCACCAGGGGGCGCCGUUGCCAUCCCAGGAGCCCGGAGACGAGAGAGAUCCAGAGACAGACGGGAAUUGGGGUCCCCCCCACCCAGCCUCCGCCUUCCGCUUCCAGACCCGGCCCGGCCGCCCCCCCCAGGCGGGCUUCCCUUCCCCUCCACUUUUCACUUGCUUUCCUUAAUCGGCUUCCUGAGGGGGGUGGGUGGGGGCUCCCGAGACCCUGAGUCCUAGGGACGUCUGGUCUACCUCAGUGAGCCGUGGACAUGCAGAGGGCCUGGGGCUGGUGAUGGCCGGGGCUGGAGUCAGGGCGUCCCUUUGUGACUCAGACACCAGGGCAGGGUAUGUGUGUGUGCGUGUGUGUGUGUGUGUGUGUGUGUGUCGGGCGGGGAGGGUCUCCCAGGUAACUUGUUUAACUAAAAAUGCGCCAAUUCACAAAAAAUGUUCUAACUCCCCCCACCCCACCCCGCCCUGCUCAUCCCCCGUGCAGAGGUUCAGGUGUGAAGGAAUCGUGACAGGAAAUCCAGCGGUGUGGGAGAGAUUGGUUAGAAUAAGGUGUUCUGGUUUCCUCCGUCUUCCUCCUCUUUCCCUUUUUAAUUAUUAACAAGCUUCCCGCAAGAGCAAUGGUCAUUAGAACAAAAUCUUUUAAAUCAUACGCUUCCUUUUUUUUUUUCUUCACAGUAUUAGAGUAAAACAAAAAUCGAGCACUCUGAUUCCUUUUUAUUUUUCCUUUUUUAAGCUUCUCUAAGACGCAGUUGACCUGGAAUGUUUUUUAUUUAAACGAUCAUCAGACAAAUCGGGGUUGUUAUUUUUUUUUUUUUUUUAACAGCAAAGCCAGCAUUUUCCCUCUAACCAGCCCCCAUGCCAAAUUCAUGCAAAAGAGAAGGGUCAGCCCGAGGGAUUCCGGUCGUACUCCUGCGUUUUAGGGGCGUGGUGGCGGUGGAGGAAAUAUCCAACCAGUUGUUUUAAUGCACAAUGCUUCAGUCAGAACAUAGAGAGAAAAAAAAAAAAACAUUCUGUGAAUGAAAUAAUUGUAUGUGCAGAUUUUAUAAAAGACAUUUUUAAACGCCCAAUCUACAGCCGUAUAUUUUCUUAUGAUGUAAUUUAUGAAGCCGUUGUCCUUGGGUGCAGGUGCUGGGUAGUGCUGUGGUAGACAGUGUCCUUUGCUGAUAAACGUGUACAUUCUUUCUAAGGGAAACUCCGUACUGUGAUGUAAAAGUCUGGGCAGAUUGUACAUAAUCCGUGUACAUAAUUGUGUAUUUGAUUAUAAUUACUGAUUGUAAAGAUUUAAUAAAACAUGUAAAUAUACCGGG